AUGCACCGUCUCAUUACAGGAUUCGUCCUUGUUGGGCUUGUAGUCACUGUUUCUACUAAUGACUUUCUAUUGAAGUCAACGGAGCGUAUCGACUGUUAUCCGGAACGUGAGUCUUCAUUUUCAAACUAUUCGAAAGAAGCUUGUCUAGCACGUAAUUGUCUAUUCGACGAUAAUGCACCGCCAAAUGUUAUCCAAUGUUAUUUACAAUCGAAUUAUGGAUACAUUUUACAGCCAGAUAUUCAACAAACAGAAAAAGGUAUUCGUUUACGACUACGACGAAACCAAGCUAUUGCUAGUAUGUUUCCUGAACCUAUCAACAAUGUUAUUCUCGAUGUACAAUAUUAUACCAAUGACAUACUGAGAUUCAAAUUGUAUGAUGCAGAUAAUCAACGAUAUGAGGUGCCAAUACCCCUAACUGCACCAUCUGAUCAAGUAUCAUCACCUCAAUAUGAAUUCCUAUAUUCGUCGAAUUCUUCGCAUGACAAUAUAUCAUCAUUUGCAGUUAAACGUCGCAGUGAUGAAGCAAUAUUAUUCGAUACAUCACCUGGAGGUCUUGUACUGAAUAAUCAAUUUCUUCAAAUAGUCACACGACUUCAAUCAUCUCAUGUAUAUGGAUUUGGUGAGAAUAAUCAUGAUACUUUGAAACAUAAUGUCAAUGAACAUAAAUCAUGGGGUAUAUUUGCUCGUGAUCAAGGUACUAAUUGGGAUCAAAAUGCAAACCAUUAUGGUUCACAUCCAUUCUAUGUUGUUAUGGAACAAUUGUCAAAUUCUGAUCAAUUACCAUCAGGUAAUAUGCAUGGUGUUCUGUUGCUCAAUUCCAAUGCAAUGGAUUACUCAUUUUCAUCGUUACCAUCAUUAACUAUACGUACUAUUGGUGGUAUUCUCGAUUUUUUUGUAUUCCUUGGUCCAAAACCCGAACAAGUCAUUCAACAAUAUACAUGGCUUGUUGGUCGAUCGAUUCUUCCACCUUAUUGGUCAUUGGGUUUUCAGCUUGCUCGUUGGGAUUACUCAAAUUUAACACAUAUGCAAAUGGUUGUUAAACGAAAUCGUGAUGCUGGAAUACCACUUGAUGUUCAAUAUGCUGAUAUUGAUUAUAUGGAUGCAAGAAAAAUUUUUACUGUUGAUCCGGUUAAUUAUCGUGGAUUGAAAGAAUAUUUUGCUCAAUUAAAUACUGAAGGAGUUCGAACCAUUGUUAUACUUGAUCCUGGUAUGAUUGAUGAUCAAAUAUAUUAUCAACCAACAGUUCAAGGCAUUCAAGAAGAUAUUUUCAUCAAAUGGGAUGAUAGACAAACAUUAGUAAAAGGAUCUUGUUGGCCAGGCGAUGUAUUCUUUCCAGAUUACUUUCUCAAUCGAACUUAUGUUUGGUGGUCACGUAUGAUAACUGAUUUUCGACGAGUCAAUGUAUCAUUUGAUGGACUUUGGAUCGAUAUGAAUGAACCGGCUCUUUUUGAUACAAAUAAUGAUGUUCCAUGGAAUUGGAUGUUAACUGGUAGUAAUCACACAUUAAAAUGUUCAAAUAAUCAAUGGGAUGAUCCACCUUAUCGAACCAAAGCUGUAUAUCGUUAUGAUGGUAAUUGGGAUCGAGUUGCUCGUAUUUCCGAUCGUACAAUGUGUAUGUCAAUUCGACAAGGUGACAUUGAUCCGAGAACAGGUCAACCUAAAUAUCUUCAUUAUGAUGUACACAAUUUAUAUGGAUGGAGUCAAACAAAGCCAACAUUAGAUAUAAUGCGAUCAAUAACUGGUAAACGAAGUUUAGUUUUACCUCGCUCGACUUUUGUUGGUUCGGGUCAAUGGAGUGGCCAUUGGUUAGGAGAUAAUGAUGCAACAUGGCAUGAAAUGAAAAGAUCAAUAAUCGGUAUGGUUGAAUUCAAUUGGUUUGGUAUUCCAUUUAAUGGUGCUGAUAUAUGUGGAUUCGGUGGAAGACCGAGUGAAGAAAUGUGUAUUCGUUGGAUGCAAGUUGGUGCUUUCUAUCCAUAUUCCCGAAAUCAUAAUGUUCGAGAUACACCAGAUCAAGACCCAGCAUCAUGGUCUGAAUCAGCUGUUGCUAUCAUGGUUUCUGCACUUCGUAUUCGUUAUACUCUACUUCCUUAUUAUUACACACUUUUCUACAAAGCACAUACACAAGGUUCAACAGUAAUUCGACCAUUAUUUCAUGAAUAUCCAAUGGAUAAAGUUACAUUGGAUAUUUUUCUUCAAUUUCUAAUCGGAUCACAUGUUAUGAUAGCACCUGUCACUGACGAUGGUGCACAAGAAGUUCAAGUUUAUAUUCCAUCAUUGCCAUGGUACAAUUAUUAUAAUGGUUCAAGAAUUGCUGUACAUAAUCAAUCGAUAGCAAUGGAAGCACCUUUAAAUAUGAUUCCCAUAUUGCUCAAAGGUGGAGCUAUACUACCUACACAAGGCUUUGCUAAUAAUACAAAACUUUCUAGAGAACAACCAUUUGGUCUCACCAUUGUGAUUGAUUCGAAUGGAAAUGCUGACGGUGAUUUAUUCUAUGAUGAUGGUGAAUCAAUCGAUACAGUUGGUUCGAAAACUUAUUUUUAUGCAACAUUCCAUUGGUCAUCAAAAGAUGGUCAAUUGACGAUGAAUAUUGAUCAAAAUAACUAUUCACAUAUGUCAAAUUUGAUUUUGGAUUCGUUAACUUUCUAUGGACUUGACUCGAUACCAGCCACAAUUCAUGUGAAAGGAAAACAAUUUCGUCCAGUUGUACGACCUAAUACAAACAUUGUUGAAAUUACUGGUUUGGGAUUAUCAAUGGGUGAAAAUCAUGUUUUCACAAGCAAAGGCAUGACUGUUUUCGCUCAUCAUUAUUUACUUUUCGUAUGCUUUAUUAUUUGGGCUAUACAAGGUAUGUUGAUCAAGCAUUGA